AAGUAUAUUAUCAAAUCAAAUGAAACAGAAAAUCACGAAAACAACCAAACAAGCAAUCAAGCAAACAAAGCAACAAACCAACAAACAUCCUAAGAUUUAUAAGGUCAGCCAGUCAAUUUUUUCAGGCAAUCAGUGAUUCUCUCACUCACUCACGCGCCUUGUGAAACAUUCAUACUACCCACCAACAGCGCUGCAGACUUCCAGUGGGAAUCUCACGGACAUGCUAAGCCCUCGUUGGGCGUGCUCAAAAAUUUGAAUGAAGCGUGCUACAUUUCAUGAAGACUACUGAGGUGCAAAAUGGCCGUGACGUCGGCGGCCAACUGGAUACUGCGGAGUUUGAUGACCUGUAUUUUGUCAGGCGCGAGAGUCAUAGCGGAACAGUUCCUGAAGGAUGCUUUGCUCCAAGAAUGCUACGGAUCGAGAGGCGUAAUCAUCCCGAAAGUGCCUGACAUUGGUUGUGGAUCCACGUCCUGCUUGGCCCAGCUCCGAUGUUCCCUCUUCCAAAUGUACAAACGUUCUGGAUGCUUCCUCGGCUUUGGGCGAAGAAGGCAGGAGGAGAACAGCACAGCCAAUCAUUUAGAUUCCUCGCUGUCUGACGAACAGGUGGACAGGAUACUGCAACUGGUUCGCUUCGAUAGAUAUGGCUCCGAGUCGAAACUGCGUGAAGAAUGCGGUGGGUUUGAUACUCCCAGCAAAGAAUUAGUUUUGCGCAGCUCUUUUGUCUCGGAGGGCAGCGGCCGGAAACGAUGGUCCCCUGAGAGGUCAUGGUACAGAAGCAAAAGACAGCCAGAUUCUCUCGGUCGUGCAUCCGUGCAUUGCAACAGGAUUCCCUGCAUUCAGGAGCCCUUGGGGGAUUUGAAACUGUGGAGUCAAUUUCCCCCCAAAGCUGUCGAUGCUGACAGUAGACUGAAAUCUCUGAAAAAGAGAGGAGGGUUUUACGACGAUUUACAUUCUCGAGUCAAGAAGGAGUACUCUUUCAUUUUGCCGUACUUGCGGGGAAAUCACCAGAAGCAAUUCUUAUCCAAGAAAAGCAUUAAGAUCCAACCACUCGAAUUAUUUGAAUCUCCUUCAGAUUAUGCCACCUGGAUCAAAGAGAAUAAAAAUAGAAUAGAAGAGAGAGUUGAGAGCUCACCGCCUCCUGAACAAGCUGUUGCGUUUCAGUUAGUUGGAAGAAAAUCUCCUGGAAGGGACAAGCAGCUCGGUCAGCUGAUCAGUCCAGAUCUGAGAACAACUCCAGGCUCGAAGGAAACCGAUGGCAGAAGGUCAGCGCCCGCGUCACCAGUCGGACUCGGUGCCCCUGCUAAAGAAACGGUGCCCACUGUCGAUCGGCGUCUCAGUCGCACGCGCGCUCAAAGAAUAAGGUCAAAAUCUGUCGCUCGAAGCACCAACAGUAUUUUAAAAAACAGGACUGGAAGCGACUCUCCGAAAAAAGGGCGAUUGCUUAAAAGCAAUUCCUCCGCCUCGCUUGGCAAAUCUGUCAAAACAAAGAAAGUUGAAAAUAUCAAAUUAAAUGACAUUACAAGUUUGCCGUUACUGGCAAAGUUUGAUACACGCGCUGUUCAUGGAAAGGAAAGAGAAGUACGUGGCCAGAAUAGAACUGCGAAGAAACCACCUACCCCUUUGAACAAACCCCCAGCUGUUCUUAUGAAAAGGACAAGAACAGACACAUCACUGGGAGACAAAAUCGCACAAAACAGGGCAGAUGAUGGUAAACACUCUUCUAAUGGUCUCGUGCCAUAUGGUUCGACUGCUGAUGACAAACCUCAGGGAGACAUUGUUCGGAAAACGACUCGGCAGUCUCCUGUUCAUAGCGAACAAUCUUUCAAAGGGCUCAGCGUGAAAGCGAGAGGCAGAUCUUUGUCACCUAGGAAAACAAGGUCUCCGUAUAUGAGCAGGAAUAGAUCGUUUUACGUCAAGCAUUCACGAGAUCGAAGCACUCUGGCUAGUCCUCUAAAUUUGGGCACUGGAACUAAACCUCCAUUAGCCAGGGACACGUCGUCGCCUCUUGUUCUAAACAAACCCAAAAUAGGACCCAAAGAACCAAAUUCGUCCAACGUUCCUGUAGACACAACAAAUACGCAGGGAGCCCACGCUCGCUCAGCUAGCAAAGAAUCUGCACGCUCUUUCAGCAGAAGCAGAAGUAAGGACAGAAAAUUGAAACCGAGAAGAUAUCUCAAAACGCCGCUACCACCUAAACAAUCAAGAGCGGUCGCUGAUGCGAAGGGUGCAAAUCCUGCAGGAAGCAAAGCGACAGGCCAAGGCAGUGCGAACAUCACCAGCAGGCCUAGUAGUCGCCAAUCCGUUUUUACACAGAGAGGAAAGGUGAAGACACUACCAUUGAAACAGCCACAAGCCAAAUCACCGAUGCCCAUUCAAAAACGAGAAACAAAUUCACCACGUGGUAGGAAAGUACAGAAACAAACCAUUUCCAAGCCAGUCGAAAAGAAGUCCAAGAAAGAGAGAGGUAACAUCGCCCAAGGGAGGAAAGCUUUGUUAAGUUCAGCCGAUGGCUUGAAGCGUAAAGUGGCUGUACGCAAUCCGGGACAAGACAAUCCACCGACAGUUGUGAGCAAGAUUGGACAUAAACCGGACAGUGGCGCCAGACACAGCCAGGGUCACACUAAACAUUCCGGUACGUUAAGCACGAAAAUGUGCGCCGCAUCGCUCAAACUGAUAGCCAACGAGCAUAAGAAUUCGUCAGAGCGCAAGGUUCCCAAUAUUGCAGCUAUAAAUAAAUCUCCAACGGUGAAGACAGAGGUACAUGAAAAUACGCUAGAAAGAGUAAAUCCAGGCACUACAGGAAAAACUGCAUCCCCAAAAGAGCAGAUGGAGAUACACGGAGAUUCAUUAGAAUGUGCAAAUAAAAACAUGAAGAUAAACAGUGCAUCUCCAAAGGAGAAAGGUGUAACUAGUAAAAUCAUUAAAAUAAACAGGGCAUCUCCAAAAGAGGAAGAUGUAACUAGCAAAAUCAAGAAAGUUAACAGUGAGUCUCCAAAGGAGAAAGAGGUAACCAGUAGACAUUCACCUAAAAGCAUCAAUCUGACCGCCGUACACCCUUCGUUUAAAAGCCCCCCUUCUCCUGUGUGGAAUAAAGAACCAACACAAAAAUGUCAUAUGAAAGAACCGACACAACCAAAAGGUACACCGUGUAGUGUGGGGGGACUGAAAUUUGUCCUGAGGAAGUCAACUCUGGAUGAUGUUGUUGUUUCUUUGAAAAAUGGAACCAGUUGCUCUAAAACCACGGAGGUUGAGACCAGCCCUUUCUUGCGUCCGAACACAGCAACAGAGCCUUCCACGUCACCCACAGACAAGCCGGCUCUUCCGACGCCACUCAAAGUUAUCAAAAUCCCAUACCAAGAUGAGCAAUAUUCAACAGCAGAGAACAAGGCAGUCGCUCCGUCAUUGACAAGAGUAGAAAACGCUGAUCCGAAAAAGGGUGACGCCUCUCUGAUCAUGUCUACAGACGCCAGGCCUUGCACUACGUUCGGUAGUGGUGCCACUUUUGAAAUUCAAAGUUUUCAGAAUGUUGGUAAUGACGCAAGCAAAGCUUUGGGGGAACACGGUGUCAAAUUCCAGGGUCUGAAUUUUAGCACGCAUCGGGGCUAACAAAGAAUGGGGAAACAAUCCUCAGCUCGUUUUGUCUGUUCCCUCCCCUUUAAUUCAUAUCCAAAUUACAGAAUCGUUUUUGCUCCUCUCUCUCUCUCUCUCUCUCUCUCUCUCUCU